CGGGGGGAGCGCAUUAAAAUGGUUGGCGCUCACCGUGCGCGGCGUGUGUGGGGCCGUGUACCUCCUCCACAUUUUUUUUAAAAUGUGGGAGAGCGAAGCCCUUGUAACUGGUAUUUGAUAUAAAUAUUGUGAGCCUUUUCCAAGCGGGAAGGGAUUAAUUAAUAAGGAAUUGACUGUUGUGAACCAGAUACAAGUGGAAUAGGGACAAUUUAUUGUUCUUAACCUUUUUGAGCUCUGUCUUCGUGAACGGGGUUCUUUAGCUUAUAAGACUCUACCAACAGCUUUCGAUUGCUCUCGUGAAUAUUCAUUCUUCCAAGAUACACCUAAAAGAACUAAGUUACUAUACAAACACAACGUAAAAAAGGGUCCUAACUAAGACGAUCACGCCAUAAAUUUAUUAAACGGCCUAUAUUUAAACCUUUAGAAAGAUCAAGUUAUACUGGUCACGUAAAUUAGAUAUAUUUAUAUAUCUUACAGAUAUAGAUUCUAAAGAAAUACAAGUAUAAGUGGAUAUAUAGUAGAAGAGAAAAAAGAUGGGGGGGGGGGGGGGGGUUCGUUACAACGGGUUGAUCAUGUCUUUGAUGUCAAUUAAGCGUCUGUAGUCGACGACCAUACGAUAUUUUUGCUCUCCGGUUGCAUCGUUUUUUUUUGGUCCUAAGUACACUGGAGCUUUCCACGGAGAAUGCGAUUCUUGGAUAACAUUAUCCUUUUAUAUAUUUGUCUAUUUAUUUCUUCUAUUUGUGUUGGGGCCUGUCUGUAUGGUUUAACAAAGAUUGGAUUUUCAUUCUUGAUGCAAAUUUUUACAUAUUCUAUAAAUUUCCUCACCUUCUUCGUCGUAAGUAUGAACCAAUUUGAGUUCAUUUAAUUGUUUUUCAAGUAUUUUGUCGUCAGUUUUUUGUCUGUCACAAUUGUAGUAAAAUGAAGGUCACAUUCAGAAACUAAAUAAUUUGAUACUUGUAGGGGUUAAUUAACUGUAAGAAUCACUCGUUUUUAACACUUCCUCAUUUGGUAAAUUAAAACUCGCCAAAAUAUAAUUUAUAUGGAGGGUAAUAAUUUGGGGGUGGAUAUCUUCCCAUAACAUACUGAUUACAAUUUUGAUAACCAUGAUGAAAAGGGAUGGCUGCUGAUGUUGAUAUCCUGGGUAGGGUUGGUUCUGUGACUGGUGCUCUUGCCCGAUUAAUUGUGACAUAAGAUAUUCUGUGUGCAACUUGAUGCUGUAUGCGACUAGUUAUAGUAAGUCCUAUGCGGCGGUGGUGGUAGUAUACAUAUUUGAUAUGAAGUGUAAGGUGCUGAAGGAGCCGUUGUUUGAGGAGGAGGAGGUGGAGGAGGGGGAUGUUGGAUUGGUAUGAAGGCAUUACUGCCAUCAUUGGUAUUGUUGGUGAUAGUCUCUACAUUUGUUGAAGCUGACAUGCAGCGUGGUGUUGAGCAAAUACUCGAGGUAUUUGGCCAGUGGUAAGGAAUAGAUUUUCAUCUUCCCACGUUGUACGAAAAUAAGUGCAGUUCUCUUGUACAGCCACUUCUAUUCCGAUAGUCGUGGCAAUUUUUUUAAUUUUCUUUUAGUUCUUUAACGUCAAGUUCAUAACGAAAUUUACAUUUUGCCUUUUGAACAUGUCCCCCAUACAUACUUACGACAUAUUUACGUAGGUUGGUUACUGGUUUGCUUCUUUUCUGUUUCGGUAUGCGAUUCAGAUAGCGGCCGAGGCUAUGUGGAGAUGUUUCUCGAACUCUACGUUAAAUGGGGUGUCUGUAUCGCUAUGGCCAAAAUUACCUCAAAUGGGGUAAGGCCUGUAGUUGAGUAUAUAGCAUGACUAUAUGCGAUAACUGUGUACGUAAUUAUUGACGAGGCAUUAGUGCACUUUUGUUCAUUUUUUGCUAAAAGUGAAAAUACACGGUUCAAUCAAAUUGAAUCACUUUGCUUGAAUGGAGCAGAAAUGAAAGGAAUGCUGUUUACACGGUAUCUGGAAAAUGAACUGUUCAAAACAUUUUCUUCGAAAGAUGUCGUCGAAUGAGGUCGUACGUUUAGGAGUUGCAAUAAUAUGUGAUCAUAUAAUAAAAGAAUUAUCGAAAAAGAAGCUAAUGAAACGCCGUCGUUGGUGGGUGCGAUCAUGGGUAUUAAUUAAGAAGGCAAGCCUUAGGAGCGUCAUACCGUCUAUUGAGAGAACUGGCAGAAGAGGAUCCAGAUGCAUACCUCAAUCAUCUUCGCAUGAAUGAAGCAAAAUUUGAUGAACUUCUUACAAUGGUUACACCGUUAAUUCAGAAAGAAAAUACUAUGAUGAGGGAUGCUUUGCCCGCAAGAGUGAAAUUGCAAAUCAUUCUCAGACAUCUUGCUACUGGGGAUUGUUUUGGAUCAUUGGAAGCAUUAUACAGAGUACCGAGAUGCUCAAUAUCAUCUUUUUUCGAAGCAGUGUGUGAAGCGAUAUGGAUAGUACUACGAGAUUUUAUUAAGGUUCCACAAAGCGAAAGUGAAUGGAGAAAGAUAAUGAAUAGUUUUUACAAGAUGUGGAAUUUUCCAAACUGCUGUGGAGCCAAGGAUAGAAAGCUAGUAAAGAUAAGAUGCCUGCCAAAUAGUGCUUCUGAGUAUUUUUAUUACAAAAAAAAUUUCAGUAUUAUUUUAUUCGCUGUCGUAGACGCCAAUUAUAAUUUAAUUUACAUAGAUGUGGGAACUAAUGGAAGAGCAAAUGAUGCUUGCGUUUUUGAAAAAUCAACAUUGAAUGAAGUGAUAACCGCAAAUCUAUUAAACAUACCAAAUGAAGGUGUUUUCGUAGCAGAUGAUGCAUUUCCUCUGAAAACAAAUAUUUUGAAACCAUAUAAUACAAGAGGGGAGUUCAACGAAAAACACAAAGUUUUCAACUAUCGGCUAUCCAGAGCAAGACGCGUAGUCGAAAAUGCAUUUGGCAUAUUAGUAGCAAAAUUUAGAAUAUUUGAAAAACCCAUCCCACCCACUGUGUCAAAAGUUGAACAGUUAGUAAAAACAACGUGCGCUCUUCAUAACUGGCUUAGAAAAACAACUCCCAAUAUUAACUUACAAUAUUCACUUGAGAGAGAGGAUUGGGAAAAGGGAUGUAUUAUCCCAGGAGAACGGCGACAAGUACCAUCCGAAGCGAUUGUGGGCAUACCGCAAACCAGGCUAGGAAAUCAUACUGAAAACGCCCGCAGAGUGCGAAAUAUGUUUGCAGAAAAAUUUAUCACUACUAACAUUGUACCAUGGCAAUUACAAAUGAUAAGAAGAGUAGAAUAAUUUUCAAUCUGUUUUAUGUAUUUGCGUAAGAUUGUUUAAAAGCUUGU